AUUAGACAAAUGAAUCUCCAAUUUUGGGGGUGUAACAAUAUUGUAUAUACACCGUAAUAUAAAAUAAAUGGAAAAUGGUUGUCGAGAUAUUUUUGCCAUUUCAUUGUUAUUAUUAUAUUUCAGUAUUUAAUAAAAAAGAAAUAAAACCCCUAAACCGUUAAUCUCCUCCACUCUCCUUCGUUUCUUUUUUGCAUUUUUCAGUUUGAGAUCUCUGCAUCUUCGAUCCAAAAUCAAAGAGGAGAUUAUUUCCCCAGCUUCUCUCCGCUCUCUGCAUCGUCUCCAGUCCGCCAGCCUCCGACUCCGACGAUCUUGGGGUUCUCAGUAGGCGUUCUCAGUUCGCCAGCCAUCGCCUCCGACGACAGUCGGCGUUCUCAGGUUGCCAGCCUCGUACUCUGACGAUCUUGGCCAUUCUCAGCUUCACCUUCGAUCAUUUUGUCUUUGCUGGUAAACCACUUGCCUUGCCUGUGAAAGAACUGAUUUUCUCAGAAUCCGGAGAAGAAGAUGACUGUGAUCGAUAUCUUAACCAGAGUAGAUGUCAUCUGCAAAAAGUAUGACAAAUAUGACAUUGAUAAGCAGAAAGAUCUCAAUGUCUCUGGUGAUGAUGCCUUUGCUCGUCUCUUCUCUGUCGUUGAAGCUGAUAUCGAGGCUGCUCUUCAGAAAGCGGAGGUUGCAGUGAAGGAGAAGAGUAGGGCGUCUGCAGUGGCCUUGAAUGCAGAAAUUCGUCGGACUAAGGCUCGGUUGCUCGAGGAGGUACCCAAAUUGCAGAGAUUAGCUUUUAAGAAGGUUAAGGGACUAUCUACUGAGGAGCUUGCUGCUCGUAAUGAUUUGGUCCUUACAUUGCCAGACAGGAUCCAAGCUAUACCAGAUGGGACUCCAGUGGCCCAGAAACAAAGUGGGGGCUGGGCGUCAUCAGCCUCUCGCACUGAAAUCAAGUUUGAUACAGAGGGUCGAUUUGAUGAUGAAUACUUCCAACAGACUGAGGAAUCUAGUCAAUUCAGGGAAGAGUAUGAAAUGCGGAGGACAAAACAGGACCAAGGUUUGGAUAUGAUCUCAGAAGGUUUAGAUACAUUGAAAAAUAUGGCUCAUGAUAUGAAUGAGGAGCUCGAUAAGCAAGUUCCUUUGAUGGAUGAGAUCGAUGAAAAGGCGGACAAGGCUACAUCUGAUCUUAAGCAUACGAAUGUGAGACUUAAGCACACUGUCAACCAGCUAAGGUCCAGCCGGAAUUUCUGCAUCGAUAUUAUUUUGCUGUGUAUAAUUCUGGGAAUUGCUGCUUAUUUAUACAAUGCACUGAAGAAGUGAUAUGAGCUGAAGUUCCACCUUUUCAAAGUGUUAGUUGCUUGUGGUUAUUUUUUUCUUAUCAAGAACCAGAAGAGUUUAUGGUGUAUGAUUUGUGUAUUAUUUGGUUAUUAAUUUACUUCCUUAACUAAAGAGCCUAUGCUCGAGCUUGGAUGUUGUAUGUUUUGGUCAACAUGCAUUUCUGUAUAAAUGUUUUUUUCACCAAACUUUUAUUUUGCCCGUAUGAGCGGAGCUGUUGUCCCUCA